AUGCCCACCCAGCUGGAGGUGGCCAUGGACACCAUGAUUCAGAUCUUCCACCAGUACUCUUGCAAGGAAGGGGACAGGUUCAAGCUCAACAAAGGGGAGCUAAAGCAGCUCUUACAGCGAGAGCUCACUGAAUUCCUCUCGUGCCAAAAGGACCCCCAGUUGGUGGAUAAGAUAAUGCAGGACUUGGACGCCAAUAAGGACAACGAGGUGGAUUUUAAUGAAUUUGUGGUCAUGGUGGCAGCCCUGACAGUUGCCUGUAAUGAUUACUUUGUAGAACAGCUGAAGAAGAAAGGCAAAAAAUGA